AUGGACGAAGAAAUCCAUGAAGAGCUGCUUUUCGAAAAAACUUUAGAGACGGACACUAAAGAUGAAUCAAUAUUUAAGCUACUGGGUGAUUUUUUUCAGGAAAAAUCGAUUCCAUUUACAAACAUCAUUUCGGAGGCAACAGAUGGAGCUCCUGCCAUGGUCGGACGUUAUCUCGGUUAUUCUUCUUGCGGUUUGUUGUGGAUAGCGCUCGGGGGAAAUUCGGCGGUGUUGUCGCACGUUAUUAUUGGCGACACGGCGCUAUGUGUCGACGAGGACAGGAUGACGCACGGUAUUCAGAGGAAUAGUGUGAUAGUUUUUUGAUAAAAAAAAAAUAUUGGGUUGGUGUCGGAUAAAGCGACAGAAAAUAGACCUGUACGAUAUUCAUGACGUGUAAUAAAAUUGAUACAUUUAUACUCUUAGUUGGUUCUAUUUUAUUUUGGCUAACGAUAACUUUAUUCUUUCCGUUUUCGAAAACGGUCUAUAUACCCUCAUCCUUAUUCAGAACAAUAUGGACACACCCAUUACCUUAAAAGUUAUUUCUAUUCGAUUUAUCAAUAUUGGCAAAAUAAAUGGGAUGGAGUACGCCGCUACAUCAUUGCCCUUAUGUAACUUUAUCUGAAUAGAAAAGAUUUAACUGAAAAGCUAGUCUUAUCCAGAAAAUCUUUGACUAUACAUAGUCUGAAAAAGUAUCUGCACACAGUAGGUAAUUGUCGUUUGUUAUAGCAUGAUAUAAAUGAAUAUGAGCUCAACUCGAGUAUUUGAAAGACUCCUCGGGGACGACUCAACAUCAUAAAGUAUAAUCGGCUGAUCUCUAGGAAAUAUGUUUUGUUCAUAUUAUACGGAGAAUUUGUUUGAAUGAUUCAAAAUUAAAGGGAGCUAUUUUCAUUCUUAAAAUAGUAAAAUAUCUGCAAAGCGCUCAUUAAAGUUUAUAUUAAUUACCUACUUAAGUGUUAACGACUUAACGCGUAAUUUGAGAUUCAUCUUUAAUCUCAAAGAUGGUAUAUUAUUCCGCAUGGAAGUCCCAAGUAAUAAAACUUGGAAGUAAUUUCUCAGGUGGCUCGAUGUGAAAGCGGCGUCCAACUGAAGCACAUUGUUGAAAGAAGCAACUUUCCAGAACAUUAUUACUCCAAGUUACCGUAGAGAUCGGACUCCGGGUUGUUCUUCUAUGCCACCAUGGUUUAGGUUUUCAAAUAUUUCUGUUGUGCUUACGGCAAGGAGCUCGUCGGGUUUUUAGUGCUUAUACCUAACUAUAAUAAUAUUAUAAUCCAUCGGAAAAGUUCAUAGCUUAGUAGAUAUGUUGUACAAUAUUUUACAAGCUCUAUGCUGGAGUUUUAUGACUAAUAAAAACCACGCUGAUGGUAACUAACGCAUGUAAUGUGAAAACUACAAUGAUAUAAAUCGAAAAAAAAAAAAACAAAAUCUACAUGUUUUUAAAAUGUACAUUACACAAAAGUGGAGUAUGCGUUUUUAUUGUUUUUAUUAGUAAGUUAUUGUAGGCGCUUUAAUUCCAACAUCAGUAGAUUCUCCUACUGAUAUGAUAUUAUUAGUGUUCUUUAGGUGAAUGACAGCUACAGCAAUAUUACGUAGUGGAUAGCAAAAUAAAACAAAACCUUACUCCGACUGAAAACUUAUCAAUAAUAAAAGCUUGUAUUGUUAAGACAUGUGAAAAAAUUAAGGAGAAUAAAGAAAUUGUCUUAUGAUCAUAAUACCAUAAAGAUAUUGUAUCAUAGAAAAUUGUACCAUGAUUAAAUUAACCUUUGAAAAUAUUACUAAUCUUUGGUACUCUAAGCGAUAAUGAUAGCAAACGAUAGUGUGAACGUGGUCAUUGUUUGCACGCGGUGCUUUUGCGCACCCGACAUCAAAAUUAAAAUAGAGUUGGUUAUCAUACAUCUCGAGAGACGGUGUUGAUCAGCAAGACCGUACUUCAUAGAAUCAGUUCUAUAGUAGGUACAUUUUUCGCUACACUAUGUGAGG